GCUGGCUCUCCGUCCCCCGUGCAGUGCCUGAAACAGUCUAUAUAGUAAUACUUGCACAAUGCAGCCGAUAUACGGGAUGCUCACCAAAUUGCGGACCAAGUUCUCACGCUCAGAAAUGUAAGCUGGAGGGGGAAUUUGCCUCCCGUCUCCCGUGCAGUGCUUUGAAGCGGCUUGAGUGGUGAUGUUGGCGCGGCAUGGCUGAUGUCUUUAAGGUCCACCUGAACCUGUUAGCGGCGUUAUGGGUGGAGUCCGCCCAUAACGCCGCCCCCUCUCUGCCUGUGAAGUGGACAAACUGUGCAGAGGAGUCAGAAGCCGGAAACAGCGCUGGAAGAACGUACACAUCAUGUCUGUUCCGUGGGGUGGAUCUUUGCUGCAGAGAACACGACCAUUGUUUCCCACAAAUCAAAGCAUUUGAAUAUCAGUAUGGGAUUCGAAAUUACCGGUUACACACGGUUAAACACUGUGACUGUGACGACAGUUUUAGGCUCUGCCUUCAAGCUAUCAAUGAUGCAAUUUCCACAUUUGUCGGCAUCAUGUAUUUCCACAUUUUGGAAGUGCCAUGCUUCAGCCUAAGAGAGGAGGAACAGUGUGUAGAGUGGCACUGGUUUGGCGGUUGUAAAAGAAAUGGCAUGGCACCUAAAGCAGAAUUUCAGAAACCAGACAUUUUUAACUAUACCAAUCCUGAAGGCAAUUACAAGUCAACUCCCUUGCCUCGCACAACUAGCCACCCACUAAAGUACCCUGCACCCUCAAGCAAACUUCCAUCCGUCACAUCCGUCUCACCAUCCUUAAGCAAUGCUAAGAAAAGAAAACUGCAGAGGAACUGGGGAAGGUACAAAGAAAGUGUGAAAGAGCGAGUGGAGGAAUGACGGAGGAGAGUUAUAAAGCAGAAGAAACCCAGGGGACAGAAGUAAUAGGAUACUCUGUUUUUAAAAAAGGACAAACAAUCAUUGCUUUCACCUUGCCACAUACAUGGUAUAAUUUAGUUGUUUUAGGUACACAUUUCUAGUUUUGAUUGAUUUUAUCAUAUCACAUUACUUAUGUCAUAUCUUUGAAUUGAUCUACUGUGAUAUGUCAAUUAUUAUAUUUACACAUUUGCAUUGCUACAUGAGUUUGCUACACACAUCUGACUCCUGGUAGAUUAAUAAGAGUGAUGAUUUGUUACCCUCAUGUGCUGCCUUUCUCUUUUUAUGUAUACUUAAUUAACAAUAUCUAGUUGUUUAUUUUGAAG